GAAGACUGCCUGGAGGAAGCUUGGAAGUUUAGACUGAAAAAGUAUCAUCAAAGUUCAACUCAAAUACUUAACCAGGCUGAACCAGCUCAGCCAACAUUUAAGCUAACCAAGCCCCAAAUGCUGACGCAUCCCUCAUUUUGCAUCCGCAUAAUUUUAUGACUUUGCAACAUAGCAACGUAGCGAUACCAUAUCUCAGCCUCUUUUGCUUCAAAUGUUUCUUAUUCAUAUCAUUGAUGUAUCCGACUCCCUAGCUUGCAUACUAGGUACAUAUAUUUAGAUAUCCAUGAUAUUUGAAUUCAACUCACCCCAGCAACUCUGAACCUUACAUAGGCCUUUCACCUCGACACCUGGACAAGACACUUGGACACGAGAUCCAUCUAUCAAACAAAGUUUGCCAGAACAUUCGACAACAUUAUUUUCAUAAACUAUUUACUUUUCAUUUCGUUUUCCAAAUUACGCUCUCUCGGAAUAACAUUGAACGUCUCGCUUGACGUUUGAUUUUCCCUCAUCCCUGUCUCCCUAUUACUCAUACAUAGUAUCACAUCAGGUAACAACUUGAACAAUCCUGAAUCGAAUAAUAACCUCGCUUUCAAGUGGUGAACCACUCACUAUGGGCGAUCAUGUCGAAGCGCGUUCGUUGGCUUCGCUGAAUUAUUUAGCUGCCAAUCCGCCUCAGUAUCCAAAGAAGCCUACCGAAGAGACUCAACAGCCACUUAUUUUAUAUAUCUCAAGAGUACCCGGCACCAGGGAUAUCAUUCUCUCAACCUUAAAACCCCAGCUCAAGAACGUCACAGCAGAAGAUGUGACCAAUUCGCUUUACUACGUUCACCUGGACACUCCCGAGGAUGAGGCUUUCAUUACCCCUCCAAAUCAGAUCGAUCUCCCAUCGUCUCCUAGAACGAGCGGGGAGAGUUCAAGAUCUCAGAUCCAUAGGAAACCGGUGCCAGGAGCCGCAAGUAUUGCCUCAUCGCGAAUUGAUGAGAGUGCACCGCCACCUCCAUUCGGAAAGGAGAACCAAGGAAACCCCGCUGUUAGGAGGACACAGUCCGUGUCCCGAAAGCCGGUACCUCAACCCCCUUUAUUUCACAACUUGCCUCCAUCGCAAUUCAUACCGCCAACGGGCCCCUCUCAGCGAAGGCCUUUAGGGCCAAUACCCACAAUUACCCAGGAUACUUCUAACAACCAACCGCCACCCCCAGCAUAUCAACAGUUUCCGGAUCAUCAAUUCGGGCCAACUCAUGAACAACGCCCUCCAUUGCCCGCACGGCCUGGUACGAAACCACCGGUCCAGCAACCUCCGGAUUCACACGCUCCUUCCUUCGGCGAAGGUCGACCACCAUCGCCAAAGUCAUGGACCAACCGGCGUCCAUUCAUGCCCUUUUCUUUAACUCUCAUAAGGAGAGAUCCGAGUUCGGGUCAGCAAUGGAACGUCGGAAAGGUUGCUUCAUUUCAAUUGGAGAACCCCGAACUGAUCGCUGAUGACCGGCGCUACCAGCCUUCCCCUUCGAUUAUAAUACACCUCGAGACAUCUGGCUAUGCCAAGUUCCGUGGUAUGCCAACCCAGGCGCCCGCAGACAUAAGAGCCAGUCUUGAUAUACGUCCUGGUAGCGCAUCAUCGCGACCACAGCCUCCAGAAACCCACGCGCUUGUCAAUGGCUCUUAUGCGUUUGAGCGUCAUGUCAUGAUGUCGUAUUCUAAGUCAUUUGCUACUAAUCUACGAGAAAAGUUCCAUCAUAGCCGUAGCCCGUCAGAUGAAGAACGUUCCACGUCUCCAAGCUUCCUAGCUCAUCAGCACGAUCGGCAUGGCAGCAUGGGAUCAAUAGGUUCAUUUGGUGGAGAUUUUGAUGGCGGCGAGGCUCCCAUGCUUACACAACCCGCCCCGGGGCUAAAACCACGCGGCUACGUGUUCUAUAGUCCCUGGGGUGGCCGUUGUGAGUUUGUAACAGGGAAUGCCGGGCGGAGCCUCAAUUGUAGGCACGUCCUACCCACCUAUGGUGGCCCCGUUUUCAAUCCACUCGUAGACGGCCCGGAGGCAGCACACAGCAGCCAUAAACCGAAGGCACUUCCUAUCAGCGAGUUGCGUUUCAAUCUCCCCAACAACGAGCUGUUUAACGAGAAAAAAGGCCAUGAGGGACCCGUCAGAACCAGAGACCAAGUACAGAGUCACAUCAACAAGGUGAUCCAGAAAGCGCAAGGUCUCGAUGCGGAUGAUGACCCGGAUUGGCAUCUGGACCUAACCCUAGGGAAGGAGAAGGCGGGCGGGGGCAAUAGGGGGAAGAGGGCCAAGAUGGGGAAGCUCAUCGUGUUUGAGGACGGCUUGAAGAUGUUAGACCUCGUCAUCGCUGCAAAUGUCGGGAUUUGGUGGACUGCAUGGGAACGAACAUAUUGAUCAAUGGCCGGCCUGUGUGUCAAUUUAUUGAUAGGCAGUGUUGUGGUGAUGAGCAUUUACUGUCUCGAAGAUUUCCAAGACGCCAGAUCUACAAUAUAGGAGUUAUGGCAACUCUCCCCACCCAUUUUCUACGUCACCUAUGUUGAACAUUCAACGAUGGGUUCCCUUUAUGAAUAUAACGACUGGCGUCCCCGGAUUUGUAGAUAGACCUAGACUUUAUCUUUAGGAAUAGGAGAGCUUCAAUGGUUCUAGAUAAGAGAAGGUGCCUAUCAUGAUUGAUGUUACUUACUAUGUACUUACAUAAUACUGAUAAUGUGUUGUGGCUGACUGCAAUCAAGCCACACCCCUCC